AUGUGCUAUAAGCCUGUAGUAUUAAUUCAUGGAGUUAUGACUGGCAGCGCAAGUAUGGAAAUAAUUAAAUUAAGAAUUCAGGAGAAACAUCCAGGCACAAUAGUGUAUAAUGUCAACAGAUUUGAAAGUUGGUCCAGCUUGGAGACCAUGUGGCAUCAGGUGCUGGAGAUCGGCAACGAUAUCGUUAAAAUUUCUGCUAGCCAUCCAGAAGGAAUCAACCUAAUAGGUUACUCCCAAGGAGGGCUGCUAGCGAGAGGUAUAGUGCAAACCUUUCCCAAUAUCUCUGUCAGCACAUUCAUAUCGUUAAGUUCGCCCCAGGCUGGACAAUAUGGAGCCAGCUUUCUCCACCUAGUGUUUCCUGGCCUCAUCAAAGACACCGUUUGGGAGUUAUUCUACUCCAGAGUGGGGCAACACACUUCUGUGGGCAAUUAUUGGAAUGACCCUUAUCAUCAAACACUGUAUGAGAGUUAUAGUGUGUUCUUACCAUACAUCAAUAAUGAUAUUCCUUCAGCCCAGUCAGAAAAUUUCAAAGCCAACAUGCUUAAGUUGAAGAAGCUUGUAUUGAUCGGUGGUCCCGAGGACCAGGUCAUUACCCCAUGGCAGAGCAGUCAAUUCGGCUACUACAAUUCUAACGAAACGGUGAUAGAAAUGCAUGAACAAGACAUCUACAAGGAAGACAAGAUAGGUCUCAAGACCCUGGACGAGACUGGGCGACUGCACAUCGUCACCAUCCCAGGAGUGAAUCACUUCAACUGGCACAUAAAUGUAAGCGUUAUGGAUGAGUAUCUUAUACCUCACCUGGACUAG